ACGCUCUCUCCGCAACUAUUUCAGUCUCAUUGUGAUCGUCAAACGGUGCACUUCGUUUCGCUAGAAAAUGAUCGCGCCCGCUUUCAGUAUGUUGCCGCGUGUCGCGCGCUCUUCCGUCGUUCAUUUACAAAAAGUAGUGCGCCGUCAUUUGAGUGCCUCCGUGGAGGAGGGUAAAUAUGUUGUGGUGCAACGGUAUAAAACGUCUGAUAAUGCAACUAUGAAAUUUCCCAGUGUUUGGCUACGUGACAAUUGUUACUGUGAGCAGUGCUUCCAUCAGAGUUCAAAGUCGCGUCGCAUCGAUUGGGAUCGCUUCGAUACUGAAGUGCUGGCGCUCGAUGUUCAGGUUGAUUCGGUUGCUGAGCAAGUUGUGGUUAAGUGGAGUGAUCAGCAUACUUCUACAUAUGAUCUGAAGUGGCUGCGCGAGCGUGAAUUUCAUGAUGAGCGCAGACAACAGUAUUUGGAUAGUUUUUAUCGGCCAAAACCCAAGCAUUGGGCUGGCCAGCAAUUCAGAGAAAUUACGGAAACUUUCAAAUUUCAAGAUGUAAUGCACACAGAUGAUGCUCUACAGCAAUGGCUUGAGGCUCUAGCGGUACGCGGUGUGGCGAUCAUAGAAGAUGCGCCACUCGAAAAGACAGUCGUGAGACAACUAGCGGACCGCGUGGGUUUCAUACGACGCACCACAUAUGGCGAAGAGUUCAUUGUGCAGGCGAAACCAGGCGCUAAGAAUUACGCCUACCUCUCCGAUCCGCUGCCACUGCACACGGACCUGCCCUACUAUGAAUACAAGCCUAGCGUGAAUAUAUUGCAUUGCAUGGUGCAAUCGAAGUCGGAAGGCGGCAGUAAUCUGUUGGUCGACGGAUUUCACAUAGCCGAUCGGCUGCGCGCCGAACACCCAACGGAUUACCGUAUACUAACGGAGAUGCGGGUCGAUUGGAAUGAUAUCGGUAGUGAGGAUGGGCGGAGUUUUCAUAAUAUCUGGCGUGCACCGGUGAUAUGUUUAGACAGUGACGGAAAUUACACGCGUAUAAAUCACAGCGUUCCCCAGCGCGACAGUCAUUUCUCCGUGCCGCUGCACGCCGUCAUACCCUGGUACCAGGCCUAUGCCAAGUUUGUGCGUUUGGCGCGCCGCGACGCUUUUGCAUUUAAAACGAAACCCGGCGACGUUUUGACUUUCAAUAAUAUUCGUCUGUUGCACGGCCGCACCGGGUAUGAUGACUCCGAACAGAAUGUACGGUACAUUGUGGGCGCCUACCUCGACUGGGACAUCAUCUAUUCGAAGUUGCGCGUAUUGAAGAGCGCACAGGCGGAAAGCAGCUCGCCGCAACAGCAGUAGCAGCUACAUGUGUCUCCAACACCAACAAAUAUUAGUUAAAUGUUUUAUAUAUAGAAAGUCGCGGCCUAACUGCUGUUCGCACAACCACAACGUUGACGAAGGCGACAAUUGGCACACUAACUACUUCAGUGCGCUGCCGUCAAGAAGCGCGGGCAACAACCGCCGCAGCAGCAGCAGCAACAGGAAUCGUAGUAGUGGCAGCCGCUGUCGUCCUAUAACGGUUCUUGCGGUGCAAUGUUUUCUAUUAUCAACUUUUUUUCUCUAGUGCCUUCAUUAUUUUUCGAUUCCUCUUUGGCCUGCUGUUUUUUUUUCACUGCACUUGUUGUUUUUGUGUUUGCAUGUCUUUUAGCGUUUUAUUGAUUUUUAAUAAAGUGGCGCACAGCAGGGCGUCCGGAAGUUGUGGUGACAUUAAAGCGGUUAAUUUACUUGCUUUCACACUUGGAUUAUUAUCAAUUUAAGGUAUUACGUUGAGUUAUGGUGCUUUACAUUCCAUGUAAUUAUAUUAAUUUUGUUUACUUUUUGUAAAUACAAUUAUACUUUUAGGCAAAUAAAUUUAUAUUUUUUAUUUUCUUA